AUGGCGCAUGGACUUCGAGACGCAGCGCACCGCGCGCUGCUGGACGAUGGUCGUCCCGAAGAGGCUAUCACGGUGAACCAGCGUGCGCUGAUAGACAAAAUCCUUGCACGCUACUCUGCCGAGUUCACCGUCUUUCGUGAGCUCCUGCAAAAUGCCGACGAUGCAGGCGCCACCGAGUGCGAGCUGCGGUUCGCGACGAGCGCCACCGUGCCCCAUGCACUGCUGCCUGCGCAUAUGCCUAGUGCCGAGAAGCGUGCGCCGGAUGUAACGGCGCCGCUCACACAGUGGACGUUCCGCAAUAACGGCAAGCCGUUCAGCAACGACGACUGGAACCGCCUGCGCCGCAUCGCCGAAGGCAAUCCCGACCCCGAGCGCAUCGGUGCGUUUGGUGUCGGCUUCUACUCGCUCUUUUCGAUCUGCGAGGAGCCGAUCGUCUCGUCCGGAAACGAGCUCAUGGGCUUCUUUUGGAAGGGCGACGCCCUCUUUACGCGGCGUGCGCAGUCGCCGCAGACGGACGUGUCGUCGACUGGCAUGCCGUGGACGACAUUCUUGAUGGCCCUGCGCGAGCCGACGCCAUUUCCCGAGUCUCCGCUCGCACUGUGCCAGUUCCUCGCGACGUCGCUCACCUUUACGACCGGUGUGCGCCGCAUCGCACUCUACCUUGACGACCAGCUGCUGUGCCGCCUGUCUAAGGAGGUAGACUCGCCCCAGGCCGUGAGCCCCUCGCGCCACCUCAACGGCACGUCGCCGGGGCGCAUGCUGCGCGUGCAGACGAUGCAGUCGACGGCACUACACGUCCAGCUGCACGUUGCCCGCCUCGUCCUGCUCGAGGCGGCUGCCGAGGCGGAGAAAGAGCGGCCGAGCCUCAAAAAGUCGCUCGUCUCAGCCUUUUCCAAGUCGGCCGGUGCAGGCCUCACAUCGAUGCUCGCCAGCGCGCUCGGAAACUUUUCAGCCAAGCCAAGCGCGACGCCGUCCGAAACGGCCAUGGACGUCGACGGGCUGCUCGAACUCGUGCCAGCGCAGCUGCACCUCUCGCUCAUUUCUGCAUACGCGGGCGUGUCUGCCGACAGCGCGUUCCUGCGGGAAAUUGAGCGCAGCACCAAGAAACAGCUGCCAAAGACCACGCCGCUGCACAUGGUCUUUAUGGGCAAGGACGAACUCGAGGCAAGCAGCGUGCCCCCGCCGGAAUCGGCGUAUACCGAGAUCGACGAGCACGUUCGCCGCCUGUUCUUUGGACUCAUGCCGUCGCUCGACGCACAGGGCCGUGUCUUUAUUGGGUUCCGGACACACCAAACGACGUCGUUCAGUGGACAUAUGGCCGCGCGCUUUAUUCCGACCGUCGAGCGCGAGUCGCUCGACUUUGUCGACCGCUACUGUGCGCGCUGGAAUAUGGAGCUGCUCGGUAUCGGUGGAUACAUUGCGCGUGUAGCGUACGAGGCCGAGAUGCAGCGUAUCGGAGCACGGUGGGUCGCCCAAGUCGACCGCGCGAGUGGCGAAGAAAAGGCCAGAAGCCGCGAACACCUGCUUGCCUGUGCGCUGCACGCGAUGCGCUUCUUUUCCUUCCACGCAUCUUCGCCGUCGAAGCGCGUAUCGGCUGCGCUGGAGGACGCCUUCUUUGCCUGCUGCAGCCGCCCGUGCAUCUCGUUGAUCUCGACGCAGGGUGUGCGUGCCUCGGAUGCAGUGCGCUUUCCCAGUGCGAUGCUCGCCGAGUUCGUCAAGGAGCUGCCCGUGCUCCCUGCCGAGCACCUCGAGAGCGCCGAGACAUUUGUGACGCAGCUGCGCGCGCGCAACAUGGUACAGGAUAUCACGCUGGACGAUGUCUUUGGCGAGCUCGGCAGCCGCGCACUGAGCGUCGACGAAAUGGUCGCGUGCCUGCGGUGGUGGCUGAUGGUUGCCGAGCACCCUUCGUACGACGCGGCGCUGCGCAACAAGCUUGUGCGGGGCGCAAUGGUCAGCAUUCCCAACGGCGACAAUGAGCCACGGAUUCAGGCACUGUCGGACGUACAGACGGUGCUGCAGCCCCAAAAAGUGCCGGCGAGUGUGCCGCUUCCGCCAAGCUGCUUGGUGUACGAAGUGUCCCGCCAGCUGCGCACGCAGGACCUCAUAACCGUGUUUGGCUGGGACGAGUUAACGGUGGCUGCGUGGCUCGAUUACAUGGUCUCGCUCGACGCGUCGCCCGCGCCAGCGGUCGUCGCAGAGCACGGCCUGACGCAGUCGCCUGCAAAUGCCGAAAAGGUAUUUGGCACUCUGUCAUGGGCAUGGGGCAAUCUGCCGACCUACCAACGCGACCACAUUGUUAAGGUGCUCACGCCGCUGCGCUGUAUCCCCACGCGCCUCGGCAUGAAACGCCCGAACGAGGCAUACUUUUCAAGCGUGUCGCUCUUUGGCGAUCUCCCUGUCCUCGCCUUUCCCUCGCUCAUGGUCAAGGGAAACCUGGAAAAGCUCUUGCUGGCGCUGCAUGUGCGCAAGCACGUCGAAAUCCAGCUCAUCUUUGACCGCCUCAUCUCGGCAGGCGACUGGUCGCACGUCGACCUCGUCAGCUACCUCGCCAAGCACCGCGACAUGCUCAGCGUAAACGAGAUGGAGCGCCUGACCAGCACGGCCAUUUUCCCAGUGGAAGGCGACCAGACCGGCAAACGCUUGCGGGCCGCCGACGUCUACGAGCCGCUGGAUGAGCUGCGGGCACUGCGCCUGCCGGUGCUUGACUGGCAGGGCAAGUCGUGGCGCAGCAGCUCGGACGAGGCGCGCCUCAUCACGACACUUGGCCUGCGCCGUCAUCCUCCGCUCUCGGAGCUGCUGCGCCUCGCCUCGAGUGCGAACGAGGAUACGCAGCUGCGCCCAAUCGCACUGCAGUACCUCUUGAGCAAGUUUACGAGCGUAUACAGCGCGACGUACUCGCUGCGCACUGCUGAUGCGUUUGCGUUUGUGCCGACCACCGCCGGCACGCUCCUCCCCCCGUCGCAAGUGUACACCGAUGCGGCGGCAGCGACCAUGGGCUUCGCCGUGGCGGUUCUUCCGCCGCUCGACGCAGUCAAGCUCCAGCUGCGUGCGCAUCCCGCGAGCGAGAUGCUGACCCAGAGGCUGAUGGCCUCGCCGCCCGAGGACGAGGACACGGCCCGCCGCAUCUUUGUGUUCCUUUCGUCGUGUCGCGACCUGGCGACGAGCGAUAUCCGCAAGCUACGCAGUGCGCGCAUCAUUCCGGUGCGCCGCGGAAGCGCGUACGUGCACAUGGCGCCGCGCGACUGCUACUUCCUACCCGAAUCCUCGCAGAGCAUUGCACCCGAGUACCGCGAGGUGUUUGACUAUAUCGACUUUGGCCCGAGCGCCGCCACGUUCCUGCGUGCGUGCGGCGUCUCGGACGAGCCAAGCGUGGAUGAAGUCGUGCAGAAACUCGUUGCGGAUGCGCCCCGCUUCUACAAGCUCUGUGGAAGCACCGAGGCCUACCUCGGCGUCCUGCGCCGCAUCUCCGAGAAGCUCCCGUCGCUCUCUUCGGAAACCUUGUAUACCGUGAAGCGUACGCCGAUCCUCCUGGGCCUCAAGAAGGUGCCUGGCGCCGGGGACGAUGACGACGCGACGCGGGAAUAUGCACUGCGGCGCCCGAGCGAGGUCGUGAUUGUGGACGACGCGCACGCACACAUGCUCUUUGGCGAGCAUCUGUACGCCGCGCCGCCGGACGACGCGCUCGAGACGCAGCUGUACGCGCCGCUCGGUGCGCCGUAUCUCAGCUCGCUCAUCGACGAGUCGUACGCCGUCUCGAACGACGUGCGGCGCGACACGCCGCGUGCCAAGGCGGUGCACGCGACGAUCCUCGAGCGCACGCCGCUCUUUCUCUUCGAGAAGCGCGCGAGCGGCCGCAAAGAGAUCCAGCGCGAGUUUGAGUGGCUCAAGGAUGCGCUGGUCGUCGUCGACGUCGGCGGCCAGGGCGUGCAGCUUACGCGCACGCUGCGCCACGGCCAGACCAGUGCAAAGGACGUACAGCAGUGCUCGGCGAUGGCCGUGAUGCAGCGCAAGGCGCUCGUCCUGCACCUUGCAGCCGGACUCGACGUGGACUGGUUCGAGGUGGCGCUUGCGCUGACCAAGUUCCUUCUCACGAAGCAGCAACUGCAGGAAGUGCUCUUGCUCAUGACGGUGCUCUCGACACCGCUGCGCAGUCUUAAGCGCAAGGGAUUCAACGUGGACAAGAUGCUGGCGCAGCAGCGCCCGGCGCCGUCGGCCCCGGUCAAGGAAGAGGCGCUGGAUGUCAAGGCGUGCGUCGCCGAGCUCUUGCAAAUGUUUCCGGCUGCGGAUCCGGCGUACCUGACAAAGCUCGUGCAGUCCUUCCCGUCGGAGCACAUGGAACGUGCAAGCGAGGUCCUUCUGGAGAACAAGUACCCCCGGAGGCACGUCGAGCCCGAGAAACCCCGCCUCCCGCCCCACGAUGCGUUCGAUGCGUUCGAGGAUGCCAUGGGCGCGCCGCCCGAGAAAGGUCUCGUGCCCCGUGCUCCUGAGCCGGCGCCCGCUCCGCCUGUGCCUGAAAACGGCCUCGGCAUGGUGCCUACGCGCCCCGGCGGCCCGAUGCCCCCCCUGGAUGUUGGUGCACUCCAAGGCGCAAACGGCGGCCUCUUCCAGCACUGGAAGAACAAGUUUACCGGCAACAAGCUCUCGUCGCUUGCGAACGGCUCAUCUUCGAUCCAGCGCGCGCCCCAAGGGCCGCUGACGCAGCCGCCACGCGACGACCAGCCGAUUGCGCCCGCAUCCAACAUCCGGCAGCACGUCCAGCAAGCGAUCCAAGCCUCGCGUCCGGACGGCUCGCGCGUGAUCCAGUCUCAGGCGGAGACGCGCGAGGUGCGCCAGGCUGCAUCGUCGUACUGCGACGUGUCUGGCAUCACGACCGACCUGCGCCUCGCCGGGCAGGUCGCGGGAAUGAAUGUCUAUGCAAGCGUCGAGCUGGAUCCUGCCAAGAUGCUCGAGCACAAUGCCGGCGCUUUGGAGCGGCUCAUCCACCACGUCUACGGCCCGAUCGGCGCCAUCUUCCAGGUCGAUCCCCGUGCGCUCAACGUCUUUUGCGAUACAAAAGGGCCGAGCAUUGCGUUCAACCGUGGCGGCAGUCUCUUUUUAAAUCUGCGCUACUAUCUCGCAUGGCACGACGAGGACGUGCGUGCGGGCCGCCUCGCGACACCGCUCAUUUCGGUCUACUUCUCGGUCGCCCACGAACUCGCGCACAACCUCGUCGCCGAUCACAACUCCGAGCACGAGUUCUACUUUUCCAGCAUUGCGGAGGAGCACUUUUUGGGCCUUGCGAAAUAUAUUGCCCAAUUAGGCUGA